AAAAAAAGUACAAGGGUUUUUGAAGGGCUUUAACAAAUGAAAACAGCCCCUCUUUUUUUUAUUUUUUUUAUUUCUUCUUCAUACAAGCUUCAUCAAUGGAGGUUCUUCACCAACCAAACCACCAAACUCAUUAGCUAAAUGAAAACCUAACUUUUCCAAAUACCGUUGUUGUCCCUGCAAUCUGUCUACUUUUCACACCAAAAAAUGUUGAAGCUCCUCUCAUCGUCUUCAUGCCUUCCGACCCGGGUGCACAGUCUAGCUCCGUUUGCUACGCGCAUAGGGUCGUCCGAGUCAACUACGCCGUUGCUCCGAGUUCUGAACUCGCUUACUGGGUUCACUCGGAAAAGCCCUAAUCUGGGUCGCCGAGCGUUUUUCUGUUCGGAGUCCAGUGAUGGGUCCGAGCAGGUAGUGGAAGUCGAUGUGAAGGGGUCCGAAUCGGGAGCCGAGUCGAAAUCUUCCUCUGCUAUCGUGCCCACGAAUCCUAGACCCGAAGAUUAUCUAACGGUUUUAGCGUUACCAUUGCCACAUAGACCAUUAUUUCCAGGAUUCUACAUGCCAAUUUAUGUCAAGGAUCCUAAACUGUUAGCAGCAUUACAGGAAAGCCGAAAGCGGCAAGCUCCAUAUGCAGGUGCUUUCCUUCUUAAGGAUGAGCCAGGGACAGAUCCUAGUUUGGUAUCUGGUUCUGAAACUGAGAAGAACAUUUAUGACUUAAAAGGAAAAGAGUUAUUUAACCGUCUUCAUGAAGUUGGUACACUUGCACAGAUUUCAAGUAUCCAAGGAGACCAGGUAGUCCUUAUUGGUCAUAGGCGGCUUCGAAUUACAGAGAUGGUUAGUGAGGAUCCCCUUACUGUAAAAGUUGAUCAUCUCAAGGAUAAACCAUACAACAAGGAUGAUGAUGUCAUUAAGGCAACGUCCUUUGAGGUUAUUUCAACCUUAAGAGAUGUUCUAAAGACCAGUUCCCUUUGGAGAGAUCAUGUCCAAACAUACACUCAGCACAUAGGUGAUUUUAAUUUUCCAAGGUUAGCAGAUUUUGGAGCUGCAAUAUCUGGUGCAAACAAAUUGCAAUGCCAGCAAGUUCUUGAAGAGCUGGAUGUGUAUAAACGUUUAAAACUCACACUGGAAUUGGUGAAGAAAGAAAUGGAAAUAAGCAAGAUUCAGGAAUCUAUUGCAAAAGCAAUUGAAGAGAAGAUAAGUGGUGAACAACGCCGCUACCUGUUGAAUGAGCAGCUCAAGGCCAUAAAGAAGGAGCUUGGACUGGAAACAGAUGACAAAACAGCACUUUCUGCAAAGUUUAGGGAAAGACUUGAACCAAAUAGGGAUAAAUGCCCACCACAUGUUCUUCAAGUUAUAGAAGAAGAACUUACAAAAUUGCAGCUUUUGGAGGCAAGUUCAAGUGAAUUUAAUGUCACCCGCAACUAUUUGGAUUGGUUGACUGCACUUCCUUGGGGAAAUUACAGUGAUGAGAAUUUUGAUGUCCUUCGAGCACAAAAAAUCCUUGAUGAAGAUCAUUAUGGAUUAUCUGAUGUAAAGGAAAGGAUAUUGGAAUUUAUUGCUGUUGGAAAACUUAGAGGAACCUCACAAGGAAAAAUCAUCUGUCUCUCUGGUCCACCUGGAGUGGGCAAAACCAGCAUUGGCCGUUCAAUUGCACGUGCCUUGAACCGUAAGUUCUUUCGAUUUUCUGUUGGAGGAUUAGCUGACGUUGCUGAAAUAAAGGGGCAUCGUCGAACGUAUAUUGGUGCUAUGCCAGGAAAGAUGGUACAGUGCCUUAAAAAUGUUGGAACAGCUAAUCCUCUUGUUUUGAUUGAUGAGAUUGACAAGCUGGGAAGAGGACAUGCUGGUGAUCCAGCAAGUGCUUUGUUGGAGCUUCUUGAUCCAGAGCAAAAUGCUAAUUUUCUAGACCAUUAUCUUGAUGUUUCAAUUGAUUUAUCAAAGGUUCUUUUUGUUUGCACAGCUAAUGUUGUAGAGAUGAUACCUAAUCCUCUCCUGGACAGAAUGGAGGUCAUUGCCAUUGCUGGAUAUAUUACUGAUGAAAAAAUGCAUAUUGCAAGAGACUAUUUGGAGAAGGCCACUCGAGAAGCAUGUGGCAUCAAACCUGAACAGGUUGAAGUGACCGAUGAAGCUCUUCUCGCUCUUAUAGAAAAUUAUUGCCGAGAAGCAGGUGUUCGAAAUCUCCAAAAACACAUAGAAAAGAUAUACCGCAAGAUAGCUCUGCAACUUGUUAGACAAGGUGCUGUGGACGAAGUUGCAAUCGCUGAACCUAAUGAAGCUAAAGCAGAACACGUUGAAGAAGUGGGCCAAAAUGUGCUUGCUAGUGAGAAUCAGACUGCUGAAGAAUCAGUAGAGGGCAGCAGUCAAGAACGAAGUACUGAGUCUUCUAUAGAGACUGAGACAGUUCAGACUUCUCCAGUUGGCCAAAUUCAAUCUUCUUCUGAUCAAGCUACUGUUGUAAAGGUUGAAAAUGAAGCUGAAAAGAUUGAGGAAGGAGAAGCAGUGAAGACAGUUGAAAAGGUGUCGGUUGAUACAUCAAACCUCGCUGAUUUUGUUGGCAAACCUGUUUUCCAUGCAGAGCGCAUCUAUGAUGAAACUCCAAUUGGAGUUGUGAUGGGUCUUGCUUGGACUGCCAUGGGUGGUUCCACCUUGUACAUAGAGACCACUCAGAUUGAGGAAGGAGAGGGUAAAGGAGCUCUUCAUCUGACCGGUCAACUUGGAGAUGUUAUGAAAGAAAGUGCACAGAUUGCUCACACUGUUUGUAGAGCGAUCUUGGCUGAAAAAGAGCCAGAUAACCCUUUCUUUGCCAAUUCCAAACUCCAUCUUCAUGUUCCAGCAGGAUCCACCCCAAAAGAUGGACCAAGUGCUGGCUGCACCAUGAUCACAUCCUUGCUUUCCCUUGCUAUGAAGAAGCCUGUCAAGAAGGAUCUAGCAAUGACCGGGGAAGUAACUCUUACCGGGAGGAUUCUUCCAAUUGGUGGGGUUAAGGAGAAAACUAUAGCAGCAAGGAGGAGUGAAGUGAAGACCAUUAUAUUUCCUUCAGCCAACAGGAGGGAUUUUGAUGAGCUGACACCCAACGUGAAAGAAGGUCUUGAUGUUCAUUUUGUAGACAGCUACAGUCAGAUAUUCGAUUUAGCUUUCAAUUAUGGCCCAGAUAAACAAAAAUAAGCCACUCUCCGUAACUUCAUUUUUAUUGUCUUUGAAGUCUAGCCCGGGGUAGUUAGUUUUUUUUUUUUUUUUCUUUCUUUUUAACGAUGAUUUUUAUGAGGACGGUCGAAUUGGAGCUGAGAUAAACAUUUUGGGUUCGAGAAAUAAGGGAACAUUUAUUAUUCAUUCUUGUAAUAUGAAAAAUACACUCUCAUUUGUAACAAGUACAUUGUCAUUCUCAACAAAAUUACCAAACAUGCUGAAAAUGAAAUUAAAAAUUAGCUUUGUUUUUGUUUUC